AUGAAGCUGCGGCUCAAGCACAUAGGCGUUGCCUCCAUGAUUAUACUUCACGCCAUAUUCACUGCCUUUUACAUGGAUGUGUUCAUGCGGCAGCACAUGCCGGGUGCGGACCACCGUGGGGUUGGCGCCACUAGCAGGGAUACCCGGCAUAUCUUCUGGUGCCUUGGGCUGGGCCAGCUGCUGUACGCUGUGUGGAAUGGCACGCAUGGAGUCGCUUUUGAGCUGCAGGGGCGUACAUGCUCCGCUCUCCUCGCCUAUCUGAAACUUUGGCGAUUGUCACGCGCCGGUCCCACCUGGGCAGUGUCCUUUAUCUUGCUAUGGUCACCAUUCAGUGUUUCGUUUCUCCCUCCUGCAGUCAUGUUUACACUCUGGUUGGUUUUAUACGAUUAUUUCUUGGCGCACUGCGAGGCGGCGCUGCGGGCGCAGUCGAGGGGGGAGUUCGGGUCAACUGAGCGCGGCUUCUUCGUGUACCACGCGUUGGGUGGCGUGGGUGUCGCGACGGCGUACUACCUGGUCGAGUUGAGUGGAGUUAGACAACAGGGCGCGUUGUUUGCAUUUCGGUGCUUCACAACGAUAUGUGGGUUCCUCGCGGCGCUGAUACUCUACGCCUGCGGUCGUCAGCAGCGCAAACUGAUGAAGCAUCACGGGUGCGAGGAUGAGUGCGGUACGGCAGGUUCAGAAGACUUUCUUCGAUUUGCGCGGCAGACGGUGAAUCGAUGCAGCAUGAAGGCAGCAAUGUUGUUUUGGGCGCUGCAGGGCUACAGUUCCCUCUUUGCGACCGCGUUCUUUAAUAUAUUCUUAGCUAUGAGCAGCAACACCGUCUCCGUCCCUGUGCGGAUCCUUCUUUUGCUGCUUGUGCAUGCCGCACCCCACGCCGUUGUUGCCGUCGCCGCCAGCUUCUUCAAGGUGAUGGGAAAGAAAAGCGUCAUCGGCGGUUUCCUGGCCGCGAGAGCCGUGCUGGGUGUCUUGCUUCUUGCCGUUGCCUCGCAGGAGGCGCAGUCGUCCUUCUCUGUCAUGGGCGUCAGGGCGUCCUCAAGUUUGUUUGUGCUGCUGCUUUUCUUGAACCGUGUGCUGACAGACACUGUGGGGAUGAUGCAGGAGUCCAUUCUCUGCGACCUCGUGGACGAGGACACCGUCAUCUUCUUCCGCGUGAUCCCGGCGACAGACAUGGCAAGGCGCCUCUUGGCGACGGCGGCGAAGCCGUUGGAGUCGGUGGCGCUGGUGUUGACAUUCAUCGGCCUUGCGAGCAUGGGGUGCAGUCACACAAAGCACCUCGAGGAAGCUGCGGGCGCCGUUGCCCUCGCUGGUGGGACGGUGCUCUUUACCUCCUCGCUGAUGCUGUGGGGGUGGCGGCGCCACUACAACCUCGAGGGGAGUCAUCUGCAGUUUGUGCGGAUGGCGCUGCGCAAGCGCGCCGAUAAGGACGCACGCGUGGUGCUGGUCUGA